GUGUUGAUCAUUUGAUACGUUUUCUUGAUUGUAUGUCUGUCUUGUAGCCUCUUAUUUUCAUUUUGUGAGUGAGAAUGAGAUUAGAGUGGUUAUUGUAAUUUGAAUUUACGCUACGUUUGAGUUUCCAUUGAAUGUUUACCGAAUAAAAUUAGGAAUAAUGCCUUUGGCCAAUUCAUCGGAUCCCUGGCGAAUGCAGAAUGUCGGAGAUAACACGCGUGCUAACACAGGUCAGUCCGCUAAAAGUCUUCCAAUGGUUGUUGAAACUUCAGCAGAGUCCCGACAAGCAUCCACAGCAGAGAGUAAUGAUUCUAAUGAAGUCAACUAUGAAAGAGAAGUUGUACUUCAGGAUGUUGUUAAAGAAGGGCAUGAUAAAGCAGACCCAUCUCAAUUUGAAUUGCUCAAGGUUCUUGGUGAAGGUUCUUUUGGAAAAGUGUUCUUAGUAAGAAAAGUUAGUGGUGCUGAUGCAGGGAUUCUUUAUGCAAUGAAGGUACUUAAAAAGGCUACAUUAAAAGUAAGAGACAGAGAGCGUACAAAAAUGGAGAGAAAUAUAUUAGUUGAAAUGGGUCACCCAUUUAUUGUAAAAUUGCAUUAUGCAUUUCAGACAGCUGGUAAAUUAUAUUUAAUAUUAGAUUUUCUACGUGGUGGUGACCUAUUUUCUCGCCUUAGUAAAGAGGUAAUGUUUACAGAAGAGGACGUCAAAUUUUACUUAGCUGAGUUAGCAUUAGCAUUGGAACAUGUGCACAGGUUAGGUAUUAUAUACAGGGAUCUCAAGCCAGAGAAUAUUUUAUUAGAUGCAGAUGGUCACAUUGCCCUUACUGACUUUGGUUUAUCAAAAUUGCCACCAAGCAGUGACAAAGCUUAUAGCUUCUGUGGUACUGUAGAAUAUAUGGCUCCUGAGGUUGUUAAUAGAAGAGGACAUACAUUUGCAGCAGAUUGGUGGUCUUUUGGUGUUUUAAUGUUUGAGAUGCUUACCGGUAAUCUACCAUUUCAUGGAUCCACAAGACACGAAACUAUGACUCAAAUAUUAAAGGCGAAACUUGGUAUGCCAUCAAAUCUCAGUGAAGAAGCUCAGUCAUUACUCCGUGCAUUAUUUAAACGGAAUCCUCAUAAUCGAUUGGGUGCAGGCCCGAAUGGCAUUGAGGACAUAAAACAACAUGAAUUUUUUGCAAACAUAGAGUGGGAUGCACUUUUAAGGAAAGAGGUGGUGCCACCAUUUCGACCGGCUGUCUCUAGAGCUGAUGAUGCUUUUUACUUUGAUUCUGAGUUCACAUGCCGUACACCAAGAGACUCUCCGGGUGUUCCAGCAUCUGCUAAUGCACAUGAACUCUUCAGGGGCUUCAGUUUCGUCGCACCGUGUCUACUGGAUGAUGAUAACAAUAAAACGGUCACUAAUAACCAAAAUCAAAAUCAUGUUGCACCAAACAAUAAAACUUCCAGUGAAGACUUCUGGGCCGGUUUUGUCAAUAGGAACAAUUUUUUUGAUGAAUAUAGAUUAAUGGGAGAAUUAGGUACAGGAUCGUUUUCAGUAGUUCGUCUUUGUGAACAUAAAACUUCUAGAGUUCAGUAUGCAGUUAAGAUAAUGGAGAAAUUACAGUAUGAUCCUCGAGAAGAAAUAGAGAUUUUACUAAGAUAUAGUCAGCAUCCGCAUAUAAUUACGUUACGAGGUGUGUAUGAGGAAGGUGACCGUAUCCUCGCGGUUACCGAGUUAUGUCGCGGUGGAGAGCUCCUGGAGCAUAUAACACAACGACGUUAUCUUCCAGAGCAUGAAACUGCACCUAUACUGAGGAAUGUUGUGCAAGCAAUUUAUUAUUUGCACAGACAUACAGUUGUACACAGAGAUAUAAAACCAUCAAAUAUACUAUUUGCUACUGCUGAAAAGAGGCCGGAAGAUAUUCGUUUAGUAGACUUCGGACUGGCAAAGCAAUUGCGAGCCGAGAAUGGGCUACUAAUGACACCGUGUUAUACUGCAAACUUUGUAGCGCCCGAGGUGCUCAAACGUGCCGGAUAUGAUGCAGCUUGUGAUAUUUGGAGUUUAGGUGUGCUAGCUUACAUAAUGCUCUCGGGUCGAACACCGUUUGCGUCAACAGGGGAUGAUACACCUGAGGCCAUAUUGGCAAGAAUUGAGUCUGGGAAGGUGGAGUUGUCCGGCGGAGUGUGGCGCGGCGUAUCGGGCGAGGCUCGCGGCUGCGUGCGCCGCAUGCUGCAGCUGGAGCCGGGGCUGCGGCCGUCCGCCGCCGACCUGCUGCGGGAGCCCUGGCUCUCCAACGAGGUCGCCCGCGCGCCCCCGCUCGAGCCCCUCACUGACACAGAAGCCCCGCCGCCCGCCGCCGAUCUCAGACGUGCUGUCGACCUUACUUUCCAGGCGAUGACAUCAUCGCCAUUGACUCCACAAGUGUUGGGUCCAGUUUCGCAGUCGACGCUUGCGCAGCGUCGCAGCAAACCACAACGACGAUACCCGCCUACGCAGCUUUAGACGUCAGUCCAGGUAUACGAACAAAUGACUUGUUAGUGACCACUAGCUAUGGACGUAACACAUAUGAAAACAUAAUAUCAGUCAUUCGACGCAAGACAUUUAGACAAGUCAAUGUUUGAAAUUGAUGCUAUUUUGAAGCAGGCGUCAAAUGAACAAAAUUUUUUACACAAUGCCAGGUUUUUUACGAAAUUGAAUUUGUAAUGACGAAGAAUAAUCAUGGUACUUCAAUCCUGUAGCAUAAUUUAGUUAAUAAUAUAUUGCUUUAUUAAAGAAGAUCAACGUUAUAGAACAUUCCAUCUACAAUUAUUUAUUUACAUCGUAUAUACAAAAUGUACUAGUUCAAAGUGUUAGAAAAUGUUAUAAUAUUGAAUAAAUAAAAUUUGUCUUCCUUCAAAACGCGUACAUUUUAAGCAAGAUAACUAUAUAUUUUUAUAUUUUUCUUUCCCACCUAUUUAAGUUUAUAGUCUUUCUGUGCCAUUCAUCAAUAUGAUCCUAAAUUAUAAGAUUAAAAACUCGAAAGCUUUAUAAUCUGUCACUUUAAAUGUUGCUCUAAGUAACUGUACUUUAAUAUACAUAUGUUUAUUUUUAUACAGUAUUAAUCACCUGCAUAAAAUUGUUUGUUAUCAUUAUUUUUAUUGUGUUUUACAUUAUUAUUUUUAGGACAAGAUGUUGUUCAUAUUUUUGUAAGACAGUAUCCAUUAGAAGUAAGUAUUAAUAUUGAUGGUAAAUACUAUAGCAGUGAUUAGUAUUUUCGCUUUGAAUAAAAUCGUGGUAUGAAGAUUUCGUUUUGUCUAAUACAAGACAAAACGAAUCUACAGUCUGUAUAUCGCGUAGAUUAAGGUUUAAAUAGUAAAAAAAUAUUAAUUGCAUUUUAUAUCAGCAACUGUACAAGUUACGUACAUGUAGUGUAACAGGAAUAUAUGUCAAUAUUAAUCUAUUUACGUUCAAUUAUUGCCAUAUCAAAAAGGCCUAAUUAAUACACGCGGUCCAUACAUAAUAUUAGUGUUCUGUUACCUAAGACUUAUAGUAUCUUUAAGACUUAUUGUAAACUCUUAUUAGAUCAAAAUUCUUGCUGUCCAAUCACAUGUAAUUUUGUAUAGGUUUGCAGUACGAAACCUGUAAUAAAAAAGUAUUAUUUCUUUCCUC